CUCGAUCUCGGCCUGCGACAGGCGUCCCUUGUCGUUCUUGAUCACGAUGUUCUUACUUCGGCCGGUGCUGUUCUCUUUGGCAGACACAUUGAGGAUGCCGUUCGCGUCCAGGUCGAAUGUGACGUCGAUCUUAGGGACGAGUCAAGUCGAACGUGCCCAGCAGGUUGUUGUCCUUGGUCAUCGCUCGCUCGCCCUCGUACACUUGGAUCGUGACCGCCGGCUGGUUGUCCGAGUACGUGGUGAACGUCUGCGACUGCUUGCACGGGAUCUUACUGUUGCGCUCGAUGAUCUUCGUCAUCACGCCGCCGGCGGUUUCGAUGCCAGCAACACGUCCUGGAUCUUCGAGUCUUGCUCGCCGCUCAGGAUGGCCGCCUGGACGGCCGCGCCGUACGCGACUGCCUCGUCCGGAUUGAUGGACAGGUUCAGCUUCUUGCCACAGAAGAAGUUCUGCAGUAGACUCUGUACCUUCGGGAUCCUGGUCGAGCCUCCGACGAGGACGACGUCGUGGAUCUGGCUCUUGUCCAUCUUGGCAUCCUUGAGUGCCUUCUCGACCGGCUCGAGGGUGCCUCGGAACAGGUCUGCGUUGAGCUCUUCGAAGCGCGCGCGGGUCACGCGAGUGUAGAAGUCGAUUCCCUCGUAGAGCGCGUCGAUCUCGAUGCUGGCUUCGGUGCUGGACGACAGCGUGCGCUUAGCGCGCUCGGCGGCUGUGCGGAGGCGGCGCAGUGCGCGAGGAUUCAUGCGCAUGUCCUUCUUGUACUUGCGCUUGAACUCGUCCGCGAGAUGGUUCACCAAUCUGUUGUCGAAGUCCUCGCCUCCGAGAUGCGUGUCGCCCGCCGUCGCCCUCACUUCGAACAACGAACCUUCGUCGAUGGUCAGGAUCGACACGUCGAACGUCCCGCCGCCGAGGUCGAAGAUGAGGACGUUCCUCUCGCCCUUGAGGUUCUUGUCGAGGCCGUACGCGAGCGCAGCGGCUGUGGGCUCGUUGAUGAUCCUGAGCACGUUCAGCCCGGCGAUGGCUCCCGCGUCCUUGGUGGCCUGGCGCUGAGAGUCGUUGAAGUACGCCGCACUGUCACCGCGUCGCUACUGUCUGCCGAGUAAGCUUCCGCCGUCUCCUUCAUCUUCGUCAGCACCAUGCUGCUGAUCUCCUCGGGCGCGAACCGUUUAGUUUCGCCCUUGAACUCCACUUGAAUCUUCGGUUUGCCGCAGUCGCUGACCACCCUGAAGGGCCAGUGCUUCAUGUCUGCCUGGAUCUUGGGGUCGUCGAAUUUCCUUCCGAUCAGUCGCUUGGCGUCAAACACCGUGUUGCUGGGGUUGAGGGCGACCUGGUUCUUGGCUGCGUCUCCGAUGAGGCGCUCCGUGUCCGUGAAGGCCACAUAGGAUGGUGUGGUGCGGUUGCCCUGGUCGUUGGCGAUGAUCUCCACGUUGCCGUGCUGCCACACGCCGACACACGAGUAUGUGGUACCCAGAUCUAUUCCAAUGGCUGGCAUUUUGUCUUUAGAUUCUCUUCACACUCAAUAAUAAUAACAAUAACGUUGAAUAAACUUGCGUUGCGAGUCUAG